UUUUUUUUUUUUUCGGCGUUCCUUUUCACAGCGUUCGGCAUCGGCAGCAUGAUCUACUCCGGAUUGGAAUUCGGGCAAUACUUUGAGCUGGAGCGCAACACCAAGUGCCACAACGUGCUGCUCGCACUGACGCCGGCCACCCGGAUGGCCUUCAUCUUCAUACAGAUGUAUUUUAUUUUUCUAAACAACGAGCAAAUCAAGGUGUACCGGCACAAGAUCGUGGCGCGGUUUGGGCUGAUGCACAUGAUCGGCACCAACCUGUCCGUCUGGUUCUCGGUGCUGAUACAGGAGACGAAGCACGAAAUCUUGACCUUCUACAAUCCGGAAAACCGCACCCUGCGCAUUUCCCACCGGCUGGGCAACAAGAUGAUGCCCCACCCGGUGGAAACCGUCGCCCAUCUGCGGGUGGCCCGCGGGCUCAAAGGCCCGCACAACAUCUUCGAGUGCCGGCGGUCGAACAUCAUCGGCACGCUGGUGCAGGACGCGUCCCCGUUUCUGUUUCCCUGCACCAUCGAGUACUCGCUGAUCUGCGCCGCCAUCCUGUACGUGAUGUGGCGCAGCAUCAGCCGGCCGCAGAACGAGCAGCCGCAGCGCCAGGAAAGCCUGCACCCGCUCAAACGCUCCCCGCACCACUACUCGGUCGACUGUGCCGGCGCUCACAAGGGCCUGUUCAUCGGCAUCCUCAUCCUGGUGCUGACCAUCAUCUCGCUCAUCCUGUUCUUCGUGCUGAUUUCGCGCCCCGAGUUCGUCAGCCUCGCCGUGACGGAGGUGAACAUCUGCGAGCUGACGCUGUACGGCACGACGACGGCCGCCACGCUGAUCGGCAUGUUUCAGGUGCGCCACAUGCAGUACGACGCGUUCCGCAGCUUCAGCCUGGACGACAUCCUGCUCGUCGGGGGCCAGACCGGCUCGUUCCUCUACAGCACGUUCACCGUGAUCGGGGGCCACUUUACGAUGCGGCGCGACACGGUGCUGGUGCUGAUCACGGCCCUCGCCUCGCUGGUCGAGACCGCCUGCCAGACGAUGUUCAUACUGGACGCGAGCCGCCGGUCCGCCGCGACCCAGGAGCACAUCCGCAAGAAGCCGGGCCGCGAGAUCGUCACCUUCCUGCUGGUGAGCAAUCUGGCGAUGUGGGCGAUCAACACGCUCGAGAAGAGCCGGGCCGAGUCGCACCCGAUCCAGCUGCACUUUUACGGGCUGUGGGCGUGGACGAUCAUUACGCACGUGUCGAUGCCGCUCGCGAUCUUCUACCGGUUCCACAGCACCGUCUGCCUGUGCGAGAUCUGGAAGCGGGCGUACAAGAUGAAGCCGGCGUACAUGUAGGGUCGCCCGAGCGCCUGGCCCUGCCCGGCACGCGUGCCGCGGCUCUGCGCCAGGCGACCGGACGGCCCGCCCGGUGGCGGAGAGCCGGCCGCCGGAGGCGGUGCUGCGGUCCCACCGGCCACCACGGCCACGGGGCGGCUGGAGCAGCCCGCCCCGAUCGAUCUGCACGCGUACCUACGCGCUUAGGGCGGCAGCAGAGCCAAAACAGACCAUCGGGAGGGGGUGACUAGAUUUUACAAGCAUCACAUUGCAUUACAUUCAAUCGUGCAUUUUAUAAUCCGCUUACUUCAUACUCACACGUACUGGGGAGGGUUUUUUUCCUCGCGAAUUUAAGCAAAACAAAAACAUAACUAGCACACCAUGCUGAAACGUGGCGGCCAUUGUGCAGCGCGGCACAAAAGCACAAUCUUUUUAUAAAGCCCACGCACCGCAGCAGGACUUUGCUUUGCCAUUUUAAUGCAUUUGAAGCGAUCAGCGCUUGGAGCUCGGUCGUUGCUCUGGACAAGGAUGGAAAUGAGGUACACACGGCGUGUACCGCCGACAUACUGGAGCACACACCCCACCGAUGUUUCUUCAAAGACAAACAGCAACCAACCAAAGUACGUGUAUUGCACCGCGUGCCCUAACGUGCCAUCGAUCGAGACCAGUUUUUUGAAGUUUAGCAAGUGAACGCUCAGGAAGGGAGUGGUUUUAUAGUGCCAUUUUUAGAGACAUUUUUUCCACACCACACCCACAUACAACAUUUUGGAAGGAGCAUUUUUUAUACUAGCGACGAAUAGUUGGGGCGGGAAUUUUUGGAAAACACCCUAAUGGGUCUUAUUGGGGAACCGGGUCAAUGCCGAGAAGCGUGCAUACCUUCUCACCUCGAAUUUUUGAUUUGUGUGUGUCUGUUGGAAGAGCUAUUAAACGGAAGAAGUAUGUAUGUUGAAACAAAAACACUAACAAAAAAAAACAAACAAAGAAAACAUAUUCAACCAAAAACUCAACAAAAACUACCACGUCACAUCCAUGCUCUAAAGCCGUCUAUAUAAAUGUAUUUGUAGUGCCAAACGAAAUCGCAUAUUGUCCAACACGUAACACAGAAAGCGCGUACUCAAACUCAGUGUCAAAACAACAACAACAACAACCACAACAAAAUCAAAAAAAGCAAAUCGUGAGAAAUAAUCAACUAUAUUAUACAUUUAAAACAAAAACGAUAAAAGUAUCCGUGCGUGCGUGGAUAUAUUAUGAUGUAAGCGCGGUGUAACUAUGGUAACUUCCAGCCAGCAAGGCGGUACAAGGCGCGCGAGGAUGUUUUUUACUAAAUAAUAAGGCCGUAGCGACACGAAUAGGCGCAAAACAACCGUUUUACCGUUUUUCUUUUUAUUUAUACACAAAAUCAAGGUAUUUACAUAGGUCAGGUUUUACAAAGAUUAAAUUGUUGCGAUAGAAGAGAGAGAGAAAGAAAGCGAGAACGAGGGAAAUAGUUUGAUUUUUAGUGGUUUUGUGCUUCUUUUACUCUGCGCUUAGCCGUAAGCGACGAACUGUAGUACCGCAGUCGCGGUAGGAAUUUUAAAUGCCACGCCACGGCGAUUAAUAAUCGAUUGCAAAUUUCUCUCCAACAAUAAAAUUUGAAAUAAAAAAAAAAAACGAAUACGGCCACAGUAGCACCGAUAGCAAAAACCGAGCGGUUAGUUGCGUGCUCGCGCGACAGUAGCUUAGGAAUAGCUGGUAACUAAUCGAAGACGGGGCACAAUUUUAGUUGCGUGUCUCGUGUGUGGACGUGUUUUAGUGCAAAAUCGACAGCAACAAAAAAGAGAUAUAGCCACACACAUGUGCCGUCUUCGUGCGCUGACAUCGGAAAAUGCUGACAUUUUUGCGAGCUGAGAUCAUCGUGAGGGAAAACGCGCUCCCGGGGACGGAUGAUCGUGUCUUCGUUCUGGUCGGUGCGCUCGCGUGGAUCAUUAGAUCAUAUUUCUUCUUUAGGUUCUAUUUCUUGAGCAAGAUUGAAAGGAAAAGCGCAAUCCUUUGUGUUGCUAGUGGUGCGUAGCUGUAGUCGGAUUGUGUACCAACAAAAAGAAAAACAAAAAAACAAAAAUCGCCACGAAAACCAAACGCUUAUUUAAGUACGUGUAGAGAGAGGGAGAGCAUUCUGAUCAAAGUACAUAAUCUCUUCUCGCGCUGCAUACAAACAUCGUGUCCGGUACGCGUGUCUCCUCUACUAGCCACUUUUUUAAACACUAUUACUCGUUGUACAACACGGUCUACCCCCGCCAGACUGGGGCCGUCCUUAAUGCUGUUUACGCUCUUCUUUUGCUCGUUUGCUGCUAAACCGGCAAACCCCGUAUCUAGCCGUCGUACUGUUCUGCUCCAUAUCGCUCAUGCUAUUCUAUCUGUCAUAACGUCAUUUUACCCGAUGUUUGUAUACCGAACCUAUCCUGACAACAACAACAAAACAAGCUAAAAUCAAAGACUCUCCCACGUAGCUGGUAAGAUUAACCUGUAAGAAACGAAACCCUGGAGAGAUGUUAACGUGUUUUAUUGAUUGCGUUUUUGAGUCUGGAAAAUUUAUUGCAAUUCCCGAUCGCUCGCAGGAGAAUGGGUAGGAAGUUUUAAUGGUGAAGGGUAGAGAGUGGGGGGGGGGGGGAUAUGCGGAGGGAUUGGAGUUGCUGUAUUUGUGGAUUGGUUAGAUCGUUCCGUUUGAUUGACCAGCUGUUCGUUAGAUAUUCGCGUUUUGGUUUUCCAUUUGUGGGAUGAUGGGAAUCACUAAGUUGUGCCAAUUAUUGUACAUGUAAACAAAUUCACACACACAUACACACACAUACACACACACACACACAUACACAAACACACAUACACAAACACACAGACACACAGUGUAAUGUAAAGUUGAGUUUGCUUGGGGAAAGAAAUUGCGCGGCAGUCGGUCAGAAUUGGGCGUUUAGUGUGGGGGUGGGUCAAUUAGGCUUCAAUGUUCUUUUAUAUCUAUGUACUGCGUAUGUUAUUGGGCUUAUCUUAAGAAGAAGAAUAAAAAAAAACCGGGGGGCAAACGAAAAUACGAACGAUACGAUGUUCUGUAGAAAAUAUAAUCGAAUCAAAAAC